CGCACUGCAGCGUUCUAGUAGGCAAAAAUGGCGUCGAGGGCACCAGUGGCGACGGGCAGGCUUAUGCUUGGUUUCCGUAAAUGGUAUUACAACUUAUGUGGCUUCAACAAGCUUGGCUUAAUGCGUGAUGACACAAUACAUGAGAAUCCGGAUGUGAAAGUAGCCCUUACAAGGCUUCCAGAGAACAUUUACAAUGAUAGGAUGUUCAGGAUCAAGAGAGCCCUGGAUCUCUCUAUGAAGCAGCAGAUUCUCCCUAAAGAACAGUGGACAAAGUAUGAAGAGGAAAUCCAUUACCUGACACCAUAUCUGGAUGAGGUGAUCCGUGAGAGGAAAGAAAGAGAGGAAUGGAUGAAGAAAUGAGACAGUUCCUGGUCACGGUUGUUAAUGUCUUCAGUUGGUGCACAAUCGUCCCUUGAUGUAAUAUUUAAAAUGGAAACCUAUAUUGAAACAGUGCUAAUUAAAGAAUUGUACAUUUUA